GGAAAGUAUCGUCGUUUAUGCUUGUCAAUCAGCAAGGAGCCGUGGGGAGUGAAACUGGAGGGAAGGUCGACGUUCGGGACGGAUUUCUAGUUCAAAAAGCACUUCAGUGCCAAUGCGACCAUAAUGUUUUGGAAAAAUAAGGAAAAACUGUAUAUAUUUUCAAGGAAACUGUUUUGGUUUACUUUGAACUAAAGUAAAAAUCAAAGCUUUCACUACGCCGAACUUGGCGAGUAUUACUCGCUGCCUCGUUGCAUUUCAGCUUGGAAAAAAAAAACGAAACAGCGGAUGAUUUACUCCGACAAAGUGUGUAAACUAAAAGGGGGCUCAACUACAGACGGAUAUUGCUGUGUUUAGACAUAUUGUGUUUGAUAUAUCAGAGGAGAGGACUUCAUCCAGAGGAGUUUCAAGAGCCGUGUCGCUCUGCUGGAAACCAGGAGUGACGGUUGAAACACGAAACCUAAAGCGCGUAUUUUCCUGGAAGGUUAGAAGAAAAUGAGCGGAGGAGAAGUGGUGUGUUCGGGGUGGCUCAGAAAGUCUCCACCUGAAAAAAAGUUACGGCGUUAUGCAUGGAAGAAGCGAUGGUUUGUUCUGCGCAGUGGGAGGCUGUCAGGAGACCCAGACGUGCUGGAGUAUUACAAGAAUGACCAUGCAAAGAAGCCCAUCCGCGUGAUCGAUCUGAACCUGUGCGAGCAGGUGGACGCCGGUCUCACAUUCAACAAGAAGGACCUGGAGCACAGCUUCAUCUUUGACAUCAAGACUAUCGACCGGAUCUUUUACCUGGUGGCAGACACUGAAGAGGAAAUGAACAAGUGGGUGCGCUGCAUCUGUGAUAUCUGUGGCUUCAACCCCACCGAUUCGGAAGACUCUGCAAAGAUCUCUCACCAAGUAAAUGUGCCAGGCGGUAUGGUGGUGGAUAUGGCCCCUAGUGGAGGGCCAGGAGGAGCCUUAGGGGCUUCUGCACUGGCCAACUUGCCUCCUCCCUACCAGCCUGUCAGCAUCAGACCCUUGGGGUCCUCCUCCAGUCUGGAUGAGCCUCAGGACUACCUUUGGCUGCUCAAUUGUGAGAGCAAGAAACCAGAGCCUAACAGGGCCCAUGGCGAAUGCUCCAAGUCUACCUCCUCCGAACCCGACUGUAAUGACAACCUCCCUUCCCACCACACUCCCACCUCCUCCUCCUUCAAGCACACCUCGGUCAAUGGUUUCUUUCCUAGCCAGCAUGGUGCUGUCUAUGAUUCUCCUCCUCCGCGCGGGCAGUCAUUGUCGGCCGACUCACAGGGCCUGUACCACCUACCCCGAAGUUACUCUCAGGACACUGUGCUGCUGCCGAAGUCGGCAUCCUCCCCUCUGGCUCCUGACGGUGAGCCCGGUGAACUCUAUGUCUUUAACACACCUGGUCGUAAACCCUCUUUAGAGGCCCAGUUGCGGAACUUGUCAGUUAGCUAUGAUAUUCCACCAACACCUGGAAGUAACUGCACCUACCAGGUUCCCCGUACAGCUGGGAUAGAGGCUGUUUCAGGGGCCACAGACGUGGUACCGCCCCCUCGUCCACCUAAGCCUUUACUGACCACUGGAUCAGUCCCACCUGAGCGCUCACCCACGGACACAUAUGUGGUGCCACGGUCGGUGUCUGAGACUGACGGAAAUUACUGCGUGCCAUCUAGUGCAGGAGGGAGCAAAGCACUAAGGAGCAACACCAUUAGUACGGUGGAUUCUUCACGUAUGCGUAAAGAUUACGGAUCUCAAGACUGCUAUGAUAUACCCCGUCCCUUCCCCCCAGAUAAAAGUUGCUCAUUUGAUUUUAACGAAAGCUUCAACAACUAUUUUAAGAAUAAAGGUAUGGUGCCAGUAGGAGGUGUUUCCACUGAGGAGAUGGAUGAGAACUAUGUGCCCAUGAGCGUCCACUCUUCCUCACAUCAGCGCUCCAGCAGCCUGUCAGAACCCAUCCAGGAGCCCAACUAUGUGCCCAUGACACCGGGCACAGUGGAGUUCUCCUCCCUCGGAAAACAGGUGCCUCCUCCAGCUCACAUGGGCUUCCGCUCCAGCCCCAAGACCCCACCACGUAGACCGGUGCACAUGCCUGAAUGCCAACCGCCACCCGUAGACCGCAACCUCAAACCUGACCGUAAAGGUCAGAGCCCUAAAAUAAACAGAGCAGUCGGUCUUGAGCGAACCGACUCCCAAACCAUAGGUGAAUUCUCAAGACGGCGUAAGGUUAAGCCGGCCCCUUUGGAGAUCAAGCCUCUAGCUGAGUGGGAGGAGUAUACGGCGCCGGUCCGUUCCCCCGUGACCAGGUCCUUCACGAGGGACCCUUCUAGGUGUACCACGGCCCCCAGACCAUCCUCGGGGCAUAGCACUGCCUCCAGCAGCGACUCCGACGACUGUGAUGACAAUUAUGUAACCAUGCAACACGCUAAUAUGUCUACAGAUGAACCAAACAUGAAGCUAGGAGCACCUAUGAAUGCUGAUGGAGGUGGCAGUCCCAUGGUAAAGCCCAAAGGAGACAAGCAGGUGGAGUACCUGGACCUCGACUUGGACCCUGGGAAAUCGACUCCUCCUCGGAAGAAGAAGAGUAAUGGGACUGGUAUUUCAGCAUCAGACGAGCGGGUAGACUAUGUGGUGGUGGAUCAGCACCGAACGCAAGCACUGAAGAGCACACGUGAGGCCUGGAGUGACGAACGGCAGUCGACGGAGCAAGAUCCCCCCAUCAAAGGGGCCAAAUGACACCCAUCUCUUUCCUCUUUUCUGCAAGGUCAUGACUCGCAGGGGCCGAGGAACGGAGGACGCUGCAUAUGCUCUGAACCUCCUAUCCGGCCUCCACGUUUGAUUUUAGAUACAGCUGUGUGACAGCACCUAGGUCACAGCUCCCAGAUCAGCUAGUUUACACUGCUUCCUGCUAGACGACAGCACCCGCGCAGGGGAGAGCUGAUCCGAGGGAUCCUCAUGUAUAAGCGGACAGACUCCAGGUAGGAUGGACCGCACUCUGCACACAGGGGCUGAAGGACUCGCCGAGCCUUUUUGGCUGAAAGCCUAGUGAAAAAUACGCUAACAGAGCAGCAUUAUUCAUACUACAUGGAUACACACUGCCCCCCCACUCAUCAACUCAGACAGUUUCAGAUUUUUUUAUAUUGUCUUUCCCACAUCGUGGUGAUAAAGCACAUUAUUCCAUGGGCUGGGGUGCAUCAGGUCUGUUGAAUUUGUGUCCUCAAGGGCUUUUUUUUUUU